AUGAUUUGGCACCUCUAUGGAGAUAGCUCUAACGAUGGCAAAGUUAUCAUGACAGAUUCCUCUGGUCAAAUGAUACAUCAAUACAAAUCAUUCACCAGCAGUGACAUUGAUUCAAAAAAGACCACCUACACAUCUCCUCAUUCACAAUCACUGUUUCUUAAUUUUACAACAAAUCCAGGCAAGGUCAAAGAAGUCAAAAUAAAGCCUAAAGCUGCCUCCAGGAAGACUGCCACACCCUCUCCUUCAUCCACAUCAGCAGCACCGUCAGCAGCGACCAAAAAAGCAUCCGUCAAAGUCAGUGGAGUCAAUAUUCUAAACAGGAAAAACUUAGAUAGCAAAACAAUCAUUGACAGAAUUCAAAAACGACGAGAAAGCCACAACAAUUUAGAGAGACGUCGAAGAAGCAGUAUCAACCAUACAAUCUCUGAAUUAUCUCGAGUGAUUCCAUCGCAAAGAUCAUCAGGGCAACCGCAAAAGCUGAACAAACACAGCAUAUUAAAAUUGGCCCUUGAUCAUAUAUUGUAUUUGCAAACUGAAAAUGCCCUAAUUAAGCAACAAUUGCGUGAUGCUUAUAAUGGUGUACCGGUAGAAAGAUAUCCCCAGUAUGAAUGUUAUCAUCCUCAUCCUGGCCCUUACUACAGUAGUACCAGUAGUGCCAGUAGUGCCAGUAGUGCCAGUAGCAUUUGA